AUGCCUAACGCUGUGGACCCAAUGUCGGACGAGCGUCACGAACUUACUGGCAAGAAAGUGCUUGUCAUGACAAUUGACGGCAAAGUGUAUGUCGGCACACUCUUUUCUUCCGAUCGUGUUCUCAACAUCGUUUUGAUCGAUGCAUUCGAGCGAGCUCCUCACGAGGAGGCUCUGUAUAAGAAAACCGAGAACAAAGGAACAUUGUUGAUCAUCGGCACCCAAGUUGCGGUUGUUGCCAUGCUCGACCCUGAAAUGGAUGAGGAGAUCGAUUGGACUAAAGUCUCGGCGGAACGAAUUCCAGUCCUGAAGGUUGGUGUCGGAGCCUAG